AUGACCAGCGACCCCAACGGACGAUACAAGACGCAGCCUCGGAUAACUAAAUCGACUUCAAUGAGCGCCUUGCAUCGUUUGGCGGACCCGCUGAUGGGCUACGACUCUGUUGAAGCUCUCGCGCCCAAAGAACGUACGUUGCGACGGGAGUCUGUCGAACGGGGACGGCUACUCAACACGACAAGGCCAUCACCAUCACGACCGAACAACACGAUUCUCGGAAGAUGUUCUUCCGGUUGCAGCGUCCCGCACCAGACGCCCAUGGCAACCUCUGUGAAUGCGGUCGGCCUCCCAGAUCGACGACAAAGAUCGAUAGGAUCAACAACAGUUCAACAACGACGAGCUACGAUGCGGAGCGUUAACGGCUGGGUAAAGGAGGCCGACCCUGCUUCCAUGAGACGGCAGAACCCCCUAGAUCGACGAUUUAUAGCCCUGAGGGAAAAGAGGAACCGUAAACAUAAGGGUAAAAGGAAGGACAGCCGCCCCCUCGCCCACUCCAGUGGCGCCACCGCGCGAGAUUCCCGUGCCUUCGACGGGAGCACGUUCUUGACGGAGGUUGAAACUGACGUGACGACAGCGGAGCUUAAGUUAGCGGCCUCAACAGGAGACGACACCAGUGCGCACGGGACUAGCUCCACGCUGGCGCCUGCAUGGGGUGUUCCGGGCUCGCAUUCUGUGGGCCCCCUUCGCGAGGACACAGAGGCCCGCUCCGGGUGGAAGGAGAACGAGGCUGGCACAUCUAGCCGCCCGUGCAGCGAAUGGCAGCUGUUGCGGCGUAACGAGAAAUCCAGUUCUCGGUCGGCGAAAAUGCUCCUCUCCUUCGAAAACAAGGUUGGCUCCCCGCUCCAUUGGCGUCAGCAACACCAGCCCACGUCGGUCGCCUCCAACGACGAGCCAGCGGCGCAGCUGCUGCUGUCGGAGAAUAGUGGGCCUGGUGAUCGGUGGCGCCCUCCCGACCGGUCAUUCCAACGACGAAGCGACACCAAGGAGCCCCAUCCUUCAGAGUCACGCUUGGCGCUGAUGCACCACCGGCCGUCUUCUAAGAGCUGCGCCCACCGACGGAGCCUCCCUUCCCUCCUGAGCGAUACCACGGAACCCCCCUCCUCGCGGGCAGGGACGCCGUCCACGUCGACGCUCACUCGGGGGUCGCCGGCCGCGGCGGCGGGGGGCGGGCGCGCGAUUCCAAGGAAGCGGGGGAGGCGACGAGCAUCCCUAGACAAACCCAUCGGCCUGAUGCAACAGCUCGACAAGAACUAUGCUGUAACGGUCGGGGACACCUGGGGCGGUGGGCUGUCGCGCCGCGGCGCCGAGAAGCGCCGAGAUGAGGACGAUGGAAGCGUCGAAGGGGUGUCGGCGGAGACCGAAGCGACGGGCAGACGGGGCACGUUGUCCGUUGUAGGGUGUGUUGGGGUUGGGGGUGACGGGGCGACGCUAACAGCGGCAGCUCGUCCAGGCAGUAGGGUCCAGGGAAACACCUCGAGCGGGAGGUUGUUGUCGAAUGCUAUUCCCAAGCCGUUGCUGUACGUUGGAAGCGGCGGCGGGUUUAGAUUAAGGUCGUGA